CAAAAUGGAGGACUUAGUUACGGUUUAUCCUUACAGAAAAUGUUUUAUUUGAUAUAUGUCUAUCACCUUGUUCUUUGAAACGUUCCCAGCACUGUCGAACAAACUGACAAAAUGCCGGUCUAUUUAAGAAAGAAUAUUUCAUUUUCUCCCCCUUCAUUGGAGAAUAUCACGGACAUUGAUAUUGAAGACGAUUUUACUGCAGAUCCCGAUUUGUUACGUGAUAAGCUGCCACAGCCAUACAGGUUGAUAAAUAAAAUAAUUGAUAAUGUUGUUGAAAAAGCAUGGACGUACAUAUCUAAAGUUGAGGAAAAGAAAUUUAAGGAAUUGAAUAGAGUUAGACCACCAAGUUAUGAUUGUUCGGUCAAAUUGAAUUUAGAGAAAGAAUAUAAUGCAACAGGGUUAUCAGAUAGUGUGGAUGGUAGAUAUGUCUUUUUUGGUACGUCUAAUGGUAUAAUUGUUCUAGAUGCCUUGCAACAAUCAAUUGUUACAGUAUGGGAGGAAGAGAAGGUGGAUGUUGUUCACAUCAAAUGUCAUCUUAUUGGUGUUCAAACUUAUUUACUUGUUACAAUUGAUGAAUUAGGUGUUGCCAAGUUAUUUAUUUUUCAAGCGGAUCAUAUUUUCUUGUUAAAAGUUUUAAAUGAACAGGAAUCUGCCACUAACAAGAUAAUUACUUCAAAAUGUGAAGCUUCAGCUGAAGGGGAUUAUGUUGGAAUAUUUCUGGAAAAUCCAUCUAAAAAUGAAACGUGGUUAGAAGUGUACAGGUUACCAAGAGAUACCUGGUUACGUGAAAUGGAGACUGUAGUAGGUGAAUUACAGUCUAUAGCUCAGUCAGCUGCUCAGCAACAAGAAGAAGAUGUAGAAGGUACUGAUAACCAGAUGAUGGUUGGUGAGAGGAGACCCAGUGUUAAAGUUUUAACACCUCAUACUGUUGGAGAAAGGAGGCGUAGUUCUGUGGUGAAUUUAUUAACUGUUCCUCCAGAUGAUUCUUCAACAAAAACUAAGAAACGUAGAAAAGGACGAAAUAGAAGUAGCUCACCUAGACCAGGGACACCUCCACCUCUACUAACUUUAACUCCAGGUGAAAAACCCAGUCCCAAAUUUACACCACCAUCCUUAGUGAUAAAGAUACAUCCACCAUCUCCUAUAACAGCUUGUACCACUACAUCAUUACAAUCAGCAUGUCAGAAAGUAGAUUCUGGUGAAGUUAUUGGUACAGGACAAAAUCAUGUUUUAUCAGGAUCACAUCUAGAUCUACGUGAUGCCAUGUUUAAUCAUUUGAAUGAGAAACUUCUUCCUUAUCUGAAAGAUGACGAUGAAAAAGAGGCAGAAGUAAUUCAGCCUACAUUUCAUUUUGUACCGAGUAGUAGAUUAUCUCCUCUCGGUUUAGAACAACCAUCACAAACUGGUAAACCAACCAAUAUUAUAGUAUGGUGGACAGGAGAAACAAAUAUUAAACAUUAUUCUUUAUUAAAAACAGGAAAAGAUUUUGAAUUCAAACCAGACUUAGUUUGGCCAAUUUGUAAUAAAGUCAAAUCAACAGCUGUUUCCAAAUGUGGUAGUUUUCUGGCAAUAGGGUUAUCUAAUGGUACUGUAGUAAUGUGGGAUAGAUAUUUAGGUGUUGAAAAGGGUAUUGUUAAUAUAGAAGAGAAAAGUUCUAUUAGUUUUCUGAAGUUUUUGGACUCCAGCUUAUCAGCUACAGAAUCUAUAUCUUAUCCACCAUAUAAAACAACAAACACUGCUUGUUUGCUAAUACAAACUACUAGUGGUUGUCAGUAUAUAUAUAAUACUAGUUUACAAACACUGGUUACUCUACAAGUCAUAACUGAAGAAGAUGAUGAUGUUCAAGUUUUAUUAUCGACAAUGAAAGCUGUACCAGAACUGCUGUUAGUUGUAUCUAAAGAUGGUAGUUUAAUAUUGAAAGAUGUAGUCAAUGGUAACAGUGUAUGUCAGUUAACAUUACCCAAACCCUACUCUUUAACAUCACCAUGGGAACCAAUAUAUUGUUUUGGUGCUGGUGGUCAAAUGCUGUUUGUAAAAGGUUCAUAUUUUGAGAAAAAUGAGGAAGGGGGACUUAUUGAUUUGUCUGCAGUAUUUAUUUAUCAGUUAAGAUCAUUCCCAACAUUAGAUACAUACUGGCAACACUCAAGAGAACUAAGUACAGAAGUUAUUCAUCCAACAUUAGACAAACGCAUUAACUCUUUACUCAGAUAUAGAAUUAGCCAACAAGCUUCACGUAAAGAAAGAAUGCAAGAAAGAUGGGGAAUUAUGAAAGAUGAGUUGGAUGUUAUUUUACAAUGUAAAGAAACUUCUAAACAUACCUCAAGAACUACAAUUACGCCUUCAACCUACAGAUCUACACCACCUGCAUUAAGAUAAAUAAAUCCCGACUUUGUUUUAUUAGUUGAUAUAGGAGACAAUUCACCAAUUAUUGGCCAACCAUUAGAUGUACAUGUGCCAGGUCACACUCUUAUAUGAGCAUAGUUACUGUGAUAUUUUAUAAUAACCUUUGUUAUUUAUAUUUUAAAGAAUAAAUAUUUGAAUAUCAUA